UGUUUGUUUCCAGUGAUAAUAUUAUGGAGGCCCAUCUGGGUUUUUUUUUUUUUUUUUUUGAUUCAAUGCAUUGAAAAAUUAUUGUGUGGAAUUUUGUAGUUUAUAUGUGCUUUGGGAGGAAAAGGUGGCAUGGAGGGAGGAGGAGAAGAGAUGAUGAGAGGGGAGAGGAUUUUGGUGUCGGUGCGGCUAAGGCCUUUGAAUGAGAAGGAGAUUUUAAGGAAUGAUGUUUCAGAUUGGGGAUGUGUCAAUGAAACCACCAUUGUUUACAGGAAUGUUGAUCUUUCAGCUUCUGAGAGGUCUAUGUUUCCCUCUGCCUAUGCAUUUGACAGGGUAUUUAACAGUGAUUGCACCACGAGAAAGGUGUACGAGGAAGCAGCGAAGGAAGUUGCUCUAUCGGUUGUAAAUGGAUUCAAUUCAAGUGUUUUUGCGUAUGGACAAACGAGCAGUGGAAAGACGUAUACGAUGACUGGAAUUACUGAGUAUGCGAUUGCAGAUAUAUAUCAGCAUAUACAAAAACAUAGCGAGAGAGAUUAUGUUUUGAAGUUCUCUGCUAUGGAGAUCUACAACGAGUCCGUUAGAGACCUUCUCUCUUCGGAUGUCACUCCACUUAGACUUCUGGAUGAUCCCGAGAGAGGGACGGUUGUUGAGAAACUCACGGAAGAAACUGUGAAGGACUGGAACCACGUGGUGGAUCUUCUUUCCAUAUGCGAAGCUCAAAGACAGAUUGGGGAAACCAACCUAAAUGAAACGAGCUCCCGAUCUCACCAAAUAAUCAGAUUGACAGUCGAAAGCUCAGUUCGUGAAUUCUUAGGGAGGGACAGUUCAAACUCUCUUAUAGCUACCGUGAAUUUCGUUGAUUUGGCCGGAAGUGAGCGUGCAUCUCAAUCUUUAUCAGCUGGCGCCAGGCUGAAAGAAGGCUGUCAUAUAAACCGUAGUUUAUUGACCCUGGGCACCGUGAUUCGCAAAUUAAGCAAGGGGGGAAAUGGGCACAUUCCUUUCAGAGAUUCUAAGCUAACUCGGAUACUACAAGCAUCCUUAGGAGGCAAUGCCAAGACAGCCAUAAUCUGUACAAUGAGCCCUGCACGGUCUCAUGUUGAGCAAUCGAGAAAUACACUUCUUUUUGCUAGUUGUGCCAAGGAAGUGACUACUAAUGCUCAAGUGAAUGUAGUUAUGUCGGACAAAGUUUUGGUAAAGCAUUUGCAAAGGGAGUUGGCAAGGCUCGAGAGUGAGAUGAGGAGUCCAACCUCUGAUUUUGAAACAUCGGAUAAUGCUGCUUUAUUGCAAGAGAAGGAUCUGCAAAUCGAAAAGCUUGAGAAGGAGGUAAAAGAAUUGAGAAUGGAGCGUGACAUUGCUCAAGCGCAAGUUAGGGAUUUGAUGCAAAUGAUUGGGGAGGAACGGAAGUCAGUGAUACGGGUUCGGGAUGAUGAAAGUUCAGUGAUACGGGUUCGGGAUGAUGAAAGUUCAGUGAUACGGGUUGGUUUGGGGAACUACCCAAAUUUGCGAGUACUAAGGUCAGCGGAUGACCAGUGCCCUGCACCCGAGAUGUCCAUUAUGACGGUUCCUCUCUCGAUGGAUGCUGAUGUCAGAACAUGUUCCGAUGGACACAGCCGGAGUAGCUCCGAGGAUCAAUUUAUAUGUGUCUCGAGCUUUGAAGAGGAUUUCCUUCAUAAUAAUAAUUCUUCUCAACGAGUAGUAGUUAGUAGCUCAACGUUUAGUGAAACCGAUUCUUGUCAGGGAUGGGAUGAUCUAGAAAAACAAAGCGAUAGGAUUUCGGAGGAUCUAUGCAAGGAAGUUCGGUGCAUUGAUAUAGAAGAUUCAGAAGUUAAUGAACCAGUAAGAGCAAGAUAUCCAUUUCUCGAAGAAAACAGUGGAUUUUCAGCGAGAAUUGCUAUUGGAAAUAUAGGGAAAACAGAUCGGGAAAAUCUAUCGCCGUACAGUAUACCAGCAUCACCUCGAAUCGAGGAAGAUAGCAGAUCAUCAUUUGUGCCAUUGAAAUUAGACCACAAAUUGGUAUUUGCAUCGUCAUUUGAUGAAGACGGGAAAUCUAAUCGAGAAUUGGUCUUACCUGUUGAGGAUGAGCAAGAACUAGCGUCACCAUCAUCCGAGGGUUGCAGAAAAUCAGCACAAGACGAAUCAAAGGUAGAUGAGGAGUUACCGUGCAAUCAAUUGUCACCAAAUGCGAUGGCAAGUGAUUCAUCUGACUUGAGAAGCCCAAGAAUAACGAUAAGUAGAAGCUGUGAAGCUGAUCUAGUUAUCGAUCCAUUAUCUCCAUGGAACGAAGAGGUAGAAUGCCCCGAGAACACUGGCUCAGAGAAAGAAUUGAAUAACGAACCUCAGGGUUUUGAAAAGGAAAUUUCUUCGUACAUCAAAGCCUCCAUGGAAGAGCAUUUCACUGUUUCUGCAGACAGUGGUGUUGGUAUUGAGCUUGAAGAACCACCAAAAGAGAAAACUUCCGAUGAUGAUAAUGCUAUUACUGACUAUACAUGCGAUGAGGGGACUAAGGAAAUGACUGCUUUUCAACGUGAGGAGGACGUCGCUGAUUUUGCUGUGGCCGCUAAGGAAACUGAGCGAGGGGCAGAUAAGCCAAUAAAGACUGUAAAAGAUGUCGGCCUGGACCCAAUAGAAGUUGAACUCGAACUCAAAAGUUUUACCAGUUGGCCAUCGGAAUUCAGGAGACUCCAAAAGGAGAUAAUCGAACUGUGGCAUGCUUGCAAUGUUUCGCUUGUUCACCGAACAUAUUUCCUCCUACUUUUCCAAGGCGAUUCCUCUGAUGCUAUCUAUAUGGAGGUAGAGUUGAGGAGACUCUCCUUCCUCAAGGACGCAUAUGUUCGUGGCCAGAAGACGGUCUUGAAUGGACGUGUCUUAUCAAUUGAACAAAGCAUUAAGGAUCUUCAAGCAGAGAAACGGAUGCUGACGAAGCAAAUGAUGAAGAAGCUAACAGAACAAGAGCGCGUGAGCCUCUACCUGAAGUGGGGGAUCGGGCUUACUACAAAAACCAGGAGGGCGCAGUUGGUUAACCGGUUGUGGACCAGGACAGACGAUAUGAACCACAUCUCGGACAGCGCCUACUUAGUUGCUAAGCUCGUGAGGUUCAUGGAGGUCGGGAAGGCUCCAAAGGAAAUGUUUGGGCUCGACUUUGGAACCCGUACUUCGCCGAGCUAUAGCUUCAAGCGCAGCUUGAUUUCGCUUUUGUAGUAAAGAUGUGGGAAGGAAUGUAUACUUAUCUGGGUAUUUAUUGCUUUGAUGGUGUUGUUGCCUUCAGUCUGUAUAUUAAACUUUACUGCGUAAUAUUUUCCCAGCUUGGGAGAUCUGUUAUGGUGAGUGAAUCACAUUCAUUGUAUAAUAUUGCUCCCAUUUGGGAGAUGUGUUAUUGAGAGUAGGGGUUUAGGUUGAUGUUAAGCUAAGCAUACUGUUUUUCUAUUUUAUUUGGAUUUCGAUUUACAAUUGUGAACA